CGCCACCCGACUUUUGACAUGUUUGAAGAGUUGAGAAACGUUGUAUGAAAUGUUUGAAGAAGAUAUGUCCAGUUUUUUAUGGCUGUUCCUCUUCUUUAAUUCAUAAAAUUUCAUCUCCCUUUCUCUCUCUCAGACACGUAAAAUCCACGUUUGGGUUUUGCCUGUACAUAGUUAUUUUACUAAACACGUAAACAGAUGUGAAAUUACACCAACUCUUCAAUUUUAGUUUUUGGGUUUUACUGUUUCGGGUUCUUUGUCAGCUUUUCUCGUUUGCUUUCUCAGAGAAAGUGGGUUGGAGAGCACUUGCUUUUGGGAUUUUUUUUAUGACUUUUUUUUUCUGCUUCUGAAUGGGUUUGGGAAGAUGAGUUUUUUCUCUGACCCAUUAAGAAUCUGAAAUUUGCUUGGUAUUGAAGAGAAAGAUGAAGGAUUUUCCUGGGACGCCUGGGACUUUCACCGGACUUGUUCUGAGGAUUUCGCAGUGCAUUUUUGCUGUUGGGUCGAUUGCUUCUAUGGCCACCACCACCAAUUUCUCCAGUUACACAGCAUUCUGCUACCUGAUUGCUUCAAUGGGUUUACAAGUCAUCUGGAGCUUUGUGCUUGCUAUGCUGGAUGCACAUGCCUUGGUUAGAAAGAAGGUCCUCCAUAAUCCUAUUUUAGUUAGCCUCUUUGUGGUCGGAGAUUGGGUGAUGGCGACACUGUCUCUUGCUGCAGCUUCUGCCUCAGCUGGCGUUACGGUGUUGUACUUUGGCGACUUGGGAAGCUGCAAGUUAGGAGAAGAAUGCCAGAAGUACCAGAUGUCAGUUGCCUUGGCCUACAUGAGCUGGGUAACAAUUGCAAUUUCAUCUCUGAUUAUGCUUUGGCUUUUAGCUGCGGGUUAGA